AUGGGAAACAGCGUGAGAAAAACGCGAAUGGUGCGCGUACUUCCAGACCCCAACGCCGAGCUCCUGCCGAUGGACAGCCGAGUACUCGAAGAACUGGGACGUGGUAGAGCGAAAAGAUAUUCUCGUCCUAAGUAUAGAGAUAUCAUGAACACGAUGCACAUUCUAACUGUUCUUAUCGGCAAUUUUAACAGUCCUUACCGAAAGCUUGGUCGCGCUGGCUUAUUGCUAUGGUUAUUGAGCAUGUCUAUUAACUUCAUGUACGAUGGGUACGAGUCACGUGUCAAGUAUGGCUACCCGUGGAUGAGUGUGCGAGGCUUGCUUUGGAUCACGUGCUGUUUGGGUACAUGGUUUACCAUUCGUCGCACAAUGCCUUGGUUUGAGCAGAAUCUCUGUAAACUGGAGAAUGACAAGCUCUACAGAAGAGCACUGCAAGACAUGUCUGGUACAACCGAGGUGAGUGAUUGCCUACUCGUUUGUCUUGCUUAUUUUUCUGUUUGCAGAGUACUAUAGAGAAGAGAAGUGUGACGUCACGUUACUAUGGUAGCAAAAUUUCUGGAUUGCAACAAAAGGUUUAGAUUGGGAAAAGAACAAUACAAAAAUUUUCUUUUUCUUUUUCUAAGCUUAGAUACGGUCCUUUCGGAUUCAACCAAGAACAUUUCGCCAACAUUUGACAAAUUAAAUGAAAUUGAAUAAAAUCGAUGAAGUCUGAAACAGUGAGAAUCCACUUUUUAAGUGACGUUUUGAUUUGUUGUCACCCAGAAAUUUUGCUACCAUGGCAACGUGACGUAACGACUUCCCCUCUCUAUUGAGUUACUUGUAUUUCAAGCUUUAUUGAAAAUACCUUUUAAAAGAACACUUCUCUCUCCGCCGACCUCUUACCCUGACCAAACUGAGACAAACAAUGACGUGAAUAAAAUCCUUGCAGCGAGUUCCACCUACAUUCCGCCUCCCCAAGCCCCCCACACAGAGAUUGGGCAGAGCGACAAAUUGGGCACCGGAAGUCGUGUUUAGUCUUUUCGGCGCGCUUUCCCGCAGUCAACUGACGUUCAGGACCCCAACCUGUUGCUAAAUCACUUUGAUCAGGAUCCGCUUCUGCUUUGAUUGAUCUUUGAAUUAUCUGUAAGUAGAAUGAUACUUGAGCCUUAUCGCUGUGAACAUCGGCGUGAAUACACCCAAAACAAUCCAGCGUAGCAAAUUACCCCAGCUUGGGAGUAAGAGCAGAUGUUAUUACCACCUUAAGCCAUAUACGUUGACACUGUUAGUACACCGUAUACGUUAAGACGUGUUCUUUAAAUCUAUAAAAAUGAAAUAGAUUCAAAAAUGAGGACAAAUAGAAUGUUACCGUCGCAAUUUGUAUCUGUCUUGUCCGAAGGUCCACUGUGUGGCAUAUGGUUGAGAAAACGGUCUCAGCUAAAUGGUCUGUGUUCAUAGUCGCCACAGCUUUUUACCCCUGAGAUUUCUUUAUUAUUUAACGAUUCACCAGUUUUUUUGGUCCCACAGAAACUGCCGUACUUUCUGGUACUGUUUUCUCUAGCUGCUGGUUCUCUUCAGUAUGGCAUAAUGCGGAGAGACCAAGCAACGCAUCUCGCAUUUGGAAAGACACCGCACGUAGCUUUGGGCGUUUUUUUGCACGUGCUGAGAUUUAUUAGCGGUGUGCACGUGUAUUACGCCUUGGCACUGUUCUGGAGCGUGCCCACGUGCGUUAUGUUGAUGGCAGGAUACUCAAUGAUUGAAUACCAAGGUAACAACCGAUGUUGCAACCUCAUCUCUGGGAUUUUUCCUUAGGGAAAAGCCCCGACUAAGAGGUUUCUUGAACACACAACUUUGUCUAACCCGGCCAUGGAAAAGUGCUCUGAAAUUGGCCAGGCAUCUGCCAAAUACCAGGAAAACGAGUCCUCUGCUAGCAGGGAAGGAACUGAUUCACUCGAAAACUUGAAAUCGUUUAAUCAGAAGUUGCCUUUUGAUCUGAUAUCCGGUUACCAAGCCAAUAGGCCAGAUCUGAGUUCCAAAAACCCUCACUUUCCAAAUGAGGCUAGGUGCACAACCUUUCUUGUGAAAAUGCGUUUUAUUUGCAUGUUAAUGAAAAAUGAUUUCCAUAUCAGAGGCUGAGAAUCUACCCUCGUUUUGAAACAGAGGGCCGGGGGAACUCAGAAAUUGCCUAUAAAAUUGAACUUAUACCAUAACUCAACUCUUAACAAAUCUAGACUAAUUUUAACCUUAUACAUCUUCUAUAGAUUGUUGAUAAUUCAAAUAAUGCAGUCACAAUUCAGGUUGUUUUUUAAAUUAUUAUGUCGACAGAUCUUACCGCAAAAAGAUUAAAGUUCAAAAGCUCACCAUUAACGCUGAGACAAGCCGUUGAAAGUUACAACGAAAGGGUAAAAUUUGUUCAAGACUCAUCAUCGGCUUGUGUGGUAAGUUUUGAGAGAAAAUUAUGUUGAAACGGUGCCCACGUUUUUCGUUUAGAAACGGUUUACUAUUAGCAGAAAUUGUCUGUCUUUUU